GCGCGGUGCGGGCGGCGCGCGCUGUGAUGCGCCACCAGCCUCUGCCGGCGCUGUGCAGGAGCUGCGGCGCCGCCCAGCUGUGGCCGCUGCCGGCCCGGCUCCGGUCGCGCUGGUCGGCCGUGUCGAGCCGCGCCGACCAGCGGCUGGUGCUGGUGAGCUGCUGGCGCUGGCCGGCGGCGCCGCUGGCCGCGCCGUGCCCGGAGCGGCGCCGGCCCGGCCACCUGCUGGCCUCGCUGCUCAUCACCGGCCUCCUCAUGGUGCUGUUCUACACCAACCUGGCGGCCGACGGGUGCCGCGCGCCGGCCAGGGGCCAGGAGUCGGCGGCGGACCCGUCGCUGCCGCCUCCGCCGCCGCCGCCGCUGCCGACGGUGGCAGCCGAGACGCCGGUGACGCCGCUACCCGUGCCGCCGCUCUCGGGGGAUACUGAGGAAGGAGAGCCGGUGGAGUCGGGCGCCCCGGCUGCGGAGUCUCCCCCGCCGCCGGAGCGGCCGGCCGCUGAGGUGACAGAGACGGGCGCACAGCCGGACCGGCCACCCUCGGCGUCUGCAGACACGGGACAGCCGCCGACACCCACACCGACACCGGCAUCAACACCAACACCAACACCAACACCGGCGGCCGCACCGAGUCAGGCGCAGGGCCAGGCACGCUCCCCACCGCCGCCGCCCACCCCUGCUCCAACUCCGGCGGCCGCCCCAGCUCCUGUGGUAGCUGGUGAUGCCCCGACCGCCACUACACAGGAGCCUCCACCAUCGCCACCGCCAGUGGCACCAUCGGCACCAUCGCCGGCUCCGACACCAGCACCAGAGGCACCAGCGGCCGCGCCGGCGGCGGAACCUCCCUCGGACGAGCCUCCCGUGGUGAUAGCGAAGGACAUCCGCUCGACGCUCACCGACGGCCCUCCUCCUAACCCCGAGCCGGGACCGGAGACGUUCACCCCGCCUCCUCCGCUGACGACCCAGCCGACUCCGGGCUCCGAGCCGGCGGCCGGACCGGAGGCGGGCGCCCGGAGUCACGGCUCCGGGUCCGGGCCGGCCCCGGACACCGCGCCCGGAGAGAACGUUACCUCCAGCGGGGCGGCCGAGGACGCCCUCUGGCCGCCGGAGACGGGCUCUGGAGAGGACAUCCAGCCCUUCAACGAGUGGGCCAGCAAGCGGGUGGAGGAGACGCAGAAAAAGACAGGGGACACGGUGUCACCGUCUCGGCCCGGCGCCGGCGCCAGCCCCGUGAAGAAACCCCCGGUGCGACACCGAAUCAAAAACUACGCUUCCCCCGACUGCGGAGCCAAAGUUCUGGCGGCCAACCCGGGCGCCACGUCAGCAGGCAACGUGCUCAGCCCGGGCCGCGACGAGUACAUGCUCAACAGCUGUGACACUAGGGUGUGGUUCGUCAUAGAGCUGUGCGAGGGCAUACAGGCCAGCCGGCUGGAGCUCAGUAACGACGAACUGUACUCGUCGUCGCCUCGUGAGUUCGCCGUCUACCUCACGGACCGGUACCCGACCCGCGAGUGGAACAAGGUGGGGCAGUUCACCGCCGAGAGUCGCCGCGGACCGCAGAGCUUCCACCUGCCCACCGUCGUGUUCGGCAAGUUCGUCAAGGUGGAGAUCCUGAGUCACUACGGCAGCCACUACUACUGCACCGUGUCCAACGUGCGCGUGUACGGCGCCAGCGAGUACGAGGUGCUGGACCACCAGGACUCUGAGCAGCACGAGACGGAGACGUCGGACUUCGAGGAGCUCAUGGAGCCUGCCGAGCCGACCGAUCGACCGAACCUGUUCAACCGCGCGCUGCAGGCCGUCAACAGCAUGGUGGAGACGGCCAAGGUGGCCUUCACUGGAAAGCGUGACGCGGCGGGCUCGCGGGCGCAGCGCUGCGUCUCUCUGGCUCCUGGUCAGGUGCCGGCCAACCUGAGCUCCGAGCGGCAGCUGGAGCUGGGCUGCAGACUGGCCGAGCUCUCGUCCAUCGCCGGCGGGCGGCUGUUCGGCGCCGCCGAGCGCCCGUGUCGCCUCUGCGGCCCCGAGGAGGGUGACCGCGGCACGCCGCACAGCCGUCUGUGUGGCCUGGCGCGCGCCCUGCUGCCGGCCGACACCCUGCAGCUCGUCUGUACCGCUCGGCCGCUGCUGGCACCGCCGGCCGCCGACCCGGCGCCGCCCGCCGCGCCCGCCGCCCGUCCUCCGGCCGCCAACGGCACUGCCGAGCAGGCGCCGGCCGCCGAGACG